AUGGCGUUGAAAUCCAUCUUCGGCGGCAAGGCUUCACCUACCGAUGCCACCAGUCAAAACAGUAAUGAGAAAGUCGCUUUGGAGAAAGAGAAGAGCUACGACGCCGAGGCAGCAGGAGGGAUCCUACCUACUUCCGCCGACACCGACUCCGACGCCAGUAUCACCAUCGGCAGGCAGAUCGAAUUAGAAGCCAACAAUGCUAUCAAGUACCGCACUUGCAGCUGGCAAAAGACUGCGGCGCUGUUGUUCUCCGAGUACAUCUGUCUAGCCAUCAUGUCCUUCCCAUGGUCCUACUCCAUUCUUGGCCUCGUCCCGGGCUUGAUCUUGACUUUUGUCAUCGCCGGUCUCGUCCUAUACACGUCCUUGACUACAUGGGAAUUCUGCAUGCGCCACCCCCAGAUUCGCGAUGUAUGUGACAUCGGCCAGAUGCUCUUCUGGAACCAGAAAUGGGCCUUCUACGCAACAGCAGUCAUGUUUGUCCUCAAUAACGUUUUCAUCAUGGGUCUGCACUGUCUCGUUGGCGCCAAGUGGUGGAAUACCAUCACCGGACACGCUACUUGCACCAUUGUAUUCGCCGCCAUAACUGCCAUCAUCUCGUUCGUGGCUUCCCUCCCACGAACCUUUAGCACCCUGGCUACUCUAGCGACUGCCUCCGCCGCCUUCACUUUCAUCUCCGUUAUCCUUGCAGCAGCAUUCUCCGGUGUCGACGGCAAACCUGCAGGCUACCCAAGCCUGGGCGAACUCGAGGUUUACGCCGUACCCCCAGCUGGAACCACUUUCGUGAUGGGCAUGAGCGCCUUUAUGAACAUCAGCUACACCUUCAUUGGUCAGAUUACCCUUCCCAGCUUUAUUGCCGAGAUGAAGGAACCAAGAGAUUUCCCAAAGGCACUCUGGGCUGUCACCAUUUGCGAGGUCAUCAUCUUCAGUUUGGUCGGAGGCGUUGUAUACGGUUACACUGGUACCAACUACAUGACCUCCCCGGCCUUUGGCUCCAUCUCCAACGAAGUGUACAAGAAGGUGGCUUUCACCUUCAUGGUACCCACAAUCAUCUUCCUUGGUGUUCUGUACGCCUCAGUAACAGCUCGCUUUGUCUUGUUCCGCAUUUACGGUUCUCAGUCCCGACACAGGACCGGCCACACCGUGGCUGGCUGGGUCACAUGGAUCGUAAUUCUUGCUGUACUAUGGGUUUUCGCCUUCAUCAUCGCCGAAGUCAUUCCCUUCUUCUCCGACCUUCUCUCACUCAUGAGCUCCCUGUUCGACUCGUUCUUUGGAUUCAUCUUCUGGGGCGUGGCGUACAUUCGACUUCGCAGGGAGAGGUAUGGUGUAGAUUUCUGGAAGACGCGUGGACUCCGUGGAUAUGCUGGGUUCUUCUUCAACAUCAUACUUUGCUUUAUUGGUCUGUUGUUCUUGACCGCGGGCACGUACGCAACUGUCCAGUCGAUCAUUGACGGCUACAAGGCCGAUGGCUUUGGUGGACCUUUCACAUGCGCCGACAACGGCUUGUAG